GUUUCAUCAGUUCUGGGCCUUCUGGCCCUACGCUUCUUAACCCUGUUUGUUGGAGCAACUUGUACCAGCGAACCGCAGUGCUAUCGUGUUUGGUAAAGGGAGUCUACACAAUGCAAUGGGAUGAGGCAGAGAAACGAAAGGUACCACUAGCCGACUCCUGGUGGAAAUUCUUCGGUUUCUCUUUACUCGGAACCUUGACCAACACAGAUGAUGGCUCCAUACACGGAGCCAUUUACGUGUACGACCACUACGACAGUUACCAGAAGACCCCUCAUCUUGGGAAACCUCCGCAUUGCGUGAUUGCGUUUCGCGGUACAAUGCGAACUUUAAAUACUUUUAAGUCAGAUUUGAAGCACGACAGUCGAUGUUUUUUCAACACCCUUAAUCAGGGCAGAAGGUUUGACAAUGCCAUAAAAGACAUCAAAAAUGUGCUGAACAAUCACAACUUCGAGACAGAAUCUGUCUGGCUCGCUGGACACUCUCUGGGAGCAGGUAUAGCGCUGUUGGCCGGGAAGACCCUGGCAAGAUCUGGAUCCCUCCUCCAGACUCAUGCAUUCAACCCGCCCCACUUGGCUCUUCCUUUAGAGUACCUAAUUCAUAGCGAGAUUCUUAAAAGCCGGGUUAGGAAGGUCAGGAGUUUCUUCAAAACCAAAUUUGCCUCGGUUUUUGAUCUCGAGAUUCACGAAGAAGAUCCAAUAACAAGAGCAUGGAUACCUAACUUAUAUGUGAACCGAAAAGAUCCAAUAUGUUCAGAAUACACUGGUGAUUUCACACACAAAAACUACAGGCAGAUGAUCUCACUUAGGACUCUAGCUUUCGGAAGACGAACACCAUCAUCACCGUCAGAUUUUCCAGGGGAACCUAUUCAAUUUCUUUCAUCAGCCGAUAUGAUGAUAAGCAAGAGCGUAAUGGGUGGCUUUAGGACACAUCAUGGGCUUAAGCAAUGGUGGAAGCCAUUAGAAGAAAAUUGGGAUAUUAAGAGGAUUAGGCCUGCUAUCUAG